AUAUAUAAAUAAUAUACCAGUGAUGUCUGGCACUCAAUCCUUACUCGCAUUUGGGAUUUCAUCUUCUAAGAGAGGAAGCAAUCAAAAGAAACUAUCAUUCAGAGGAAAGGAGGAAUAAUAUGGCAGAGGGGCAAGAAAUACAGAUUCCAAGAGUUAAACUUGGAACCCAAGGAUUUGAGGUGUCAAAAUUAGGGUUUGGAUGCAUGGGACUUAGCUGGAUAAACUCUCCGGAUGCCGAAAAGGAAGGAAUCUCAGUAAUAAAACAUGCCUUCAGCAAAGGAGUCACCUUCUUCGACACAUCUGAUGUAUAUGGAACUGAUCAUUACAAUGAAAUUCUUGUAGGCAAGGCCUUGAAGGAAAUGCCGAGAGAAAAAGUUCAGUUAGCCACAAAAUUCGGCGUUGUAAGUAUAAGCAUGGGACACAGACAGCCUCGUACGGAAGUAAGGGGCGAUCCGGAGUAUGUGAGGUCGUGCUGCGAGGCGAGCUUGAAGCGCCUUGGUGUCGACUACAUUGAUCUGUACUACCAACACCGGGUGGAUCAAUCCGUGCCUAUCGAGGACACGAUGGGGGAGCUGAAGAAACUUGUGGAAGAAGGAAAGAUAAAGUAUAUCGGAUUAUCAGAAGCGAGCCCGGACACGAUUAGGAGGGCUCAUGAAGUUCAUCCCAUCACAGCCAUACAAAUGGAGUGGUCACUUUGGACUCGUGAUAUCGAGGAAGAGAUUGUUCCACUUUGCAGGGAACGUGGCAUUGGAAUCGUUCCGUAUAGUCCUCUUGGCCGUGGUUUUUUUGCUGGAAAAGCGGUUUUGGAGAAAUUGGAUUCUAAUGUUCAUGCGGCUGGACAUCCUCGGUUGACGGGAGAGAACUUGGAGAAAAACAAACAGAUAUAUUAUCGGAUCGAAAGCCUUGCUAAAAAACACGAAUGCAGUGCUGGUCAACUAGCCCUCUCAUGGGUUCUCCACAGGGGAAAUGACGUUGUUCCGAUCCCCGGGACGACGAAAAUUAAGAACUUGGAUGCAAACAUUGGCGCUAUGACGCUGAAACUCAAAGAAGAGGACCUGAAAGAAAUUUCCGAUGCCGUGCCUCUCGAUGAAGUAGCCGGCGAGAAAACUUACGAAAAUGUAAGUCCCUUGCAAUGGAAAUUCGCCAACACUCCCCGAAGGAAUCCGAAUUAAAGGCAUAAAUCAUCAUACAGAUCAGGAAGGAUACAAAUUUAAGCCAAGCCAUUAGAUGAUAUGCCUAAGAGUGCGGCAGUUGUGUUUGUAGAGUUGUAGGUUGUUUUUGUUACUACGAUAUUUGGGAGGGAGAGUCGAACUCGAGACAACGAAUGUAAGGUUGAAUGCUGAACUCGAGACAACAAAUGUAAGGUUGAAUGCUCUUAAAUGAUUAUUGUAAAAUUGAGAAAUCCUCAAUUCUUAAAGUCUAUAAAGUCUUGAAAUUAUAAUAAAUAUUUCAAAGCUAUAGAAAAUUUUA